AUGACGAUAACGAGAUACAAGUUCAUCCAUUUCAGUCAAGCUACUCUAACCAAAAGAUCUGCAGCUCAAUAUGAGUUGCAUCCAUUUGUCUUUAUUGUGUCGGCCUGGUCAAAUGGGAUCAGUUUCAGGCGGGUGGGUGAAGCACUUCAUAAUUUCGGACCCGAUGGAAAAUCCGUGCAUAAUCGACUACAACAGUGUCUUCUUCUCAAAACGAUCAAACUCUCGGACACAUCGUUUGCCUAUCCAUCGGGUCAGCAGCAUCCGAACACCGUUUGCACUACGCUUGAGGCAGUAGUUUCUCCAGUCCUUCCGAGCCCUGUCGUCUAG